AUGCUGGAUACGACCAUAGGCAUCGUUACCCUGAUAAUUGUUUGCGCCGUCUUUCUUGUGCUUGGGGUAACCUUUUCCUGGCGGCGACGAGGCCAGAGCGUCGAGGACUACACGGUCUCCCGAAACCACGCACCCACCAACGUUGGCAUUGCUACCCUGGUGGCGUCCAUGUUCGGCACCUGGGUGCUGCUCAGCCCGGGCGAAACCGGCGCCAACUUCGGCAUCAUUUCCCUGGUCGGUUACGCCAUUGGCAUGGCAGGAAUACCUGUCUUGUACAUGUUCGUUGGCUCCCGCAUCCGUCGGUUGAUGCCCAACGGACACUCCAUUACCGAAUACGUCCGGCACCGAUUUGGUCUGAUCCCAUUCUUGACCAUUUUCCUGGCCAUAAUUUUUGUCAUGGGCAUCUUCAUCACCGCAGAGUUGACGGCCAUUACCGCCGCGGUCACCAUACUGACCGACUCGCCCGGAUGGGCAACCGCCAUCGCGGUGGGCAUCGUGGUCAUCGCGUACACAGCAUACGGCGGCCUUCGCACAUCAAUAUACACCGACCGCAUACAGUUCUGGAUUCUGAUACCCAUCCUGCUGCUACUGGUGGUUGUCGCUGCCGUUUUGAUGGGCAAUACUACAGCCUGGUCCGAAGCGCGGCAGUCAGGGUUACUGUCAGCCAACUCGUCGGGCAGUUACUUCUUUGCCAUUGUCCUGAUCAUCGGCAUAGUGGCCUCAAAUGCCUUCCAUCCCGGCAUGUGGCAGCGGGUUUACACGGUCAGGGACCAGCAGGUCCUUAACCGGAGCCUCUGGGGUGCCGUGGCUAUCGCCAUACCUCUCACUUUCCUGAUGGGCAUGGCCGGUAUAGCGGCCGUGGGAAACGGCUCAGUGGAACCUUUCGUAUAUCCGGAAGUCGCUGCAGCCCUGUUCGCCUUGGCCGGUGACGUUUUCCCACUGUGGAUGCACUUUCUGAUGCUUAUCUGCGCCCUGAUGCUGGCCAUGAGCACCCUGGACACCCUCAUGAACGGCAUCGCCAGCGGUGUUGCCGUUGACCUUGCCGGCUUCGGAAUUCAGCGCAAUUCGCUGAUGAUUCUGGCCCGCGCCGUCACCGUCAUUGUUGCCAUUCCAGCCAUAAUCGUCGCCUCCCAAGGGCACAGUGUCCUUUACGUCUUCCUGAUCGCCGACCUGCUGGGGGCUGCCAUAGUUGUGCCGGUGCUGGCGGGAUUGUACUCCCGCCGAAUGACAGGUUGGGGCGUACUGGUAGCCGGCGGAGUCGGGAUUGUUAUCGGCGCCCUCUACUAUCCCAAGCCCGACCUGCUUAGUCCCUGGGCUCUGGCUGCCCCAGGCGGCGGCCAAAUGUUCUGGGCUUUCGCAUCGGCAUUGGUGAUUUCUUCUAUAAUCACCUUCGUGGUAAUUCUUGCCCGUCGUGCGGUAGCGCCGGCGCAAGAGUUCGACUUCAGCGUCCUUGACUCCAGCGUUAGCCUUAUUGACAGCCCCUCCGCUGCCAACGAUUAA